UGCCCGGCCGGCUGUCGGCGCGCACCCGCUCCCGGCCCAGCCCAGCCCCGCGCGGAGGCCGCCGCCUGCCCCGCGGGGCCCGACGCCAGCGCUCCGGGCAGCGGCUCCGGGGCCGGCCCGCGCCUGCGCCGGGGCGCCGCGCGCCACUGUCCCCAGCGGGGACCCGGACCGGCCGCGUCCCGGGCGCCCGGGAGCCCAAGGAGCCCGGCAGAGCCCGACGGGCCCGCGGCCGCGAUGCCGGACGAGCUGACGGAGCCCGGGCGCGCCACCCCGGCCCGCGCCUCCUCUUUCCUCAUCGAGAACCUACUGGCGGCAGAGGCCAAGGGCGCGGGGCGCGCGGCUCAGGGCGGCGGCGGCCGCGAGGACGAGGAGGACGACGACGACGACCCGGAGGACGAGGACGCGGAGCAGGCGCGGCGGCGGCGGCUGCAGCGGCGGAGACAGCUGCGCGCGGGGGCCGGGCCGGGCGGCGAGGCGCGGGCGCGGGCGCUGCUCGGGCCGGGCGCGCUGGGCCUCGGUCCCCGGCCGCCCCCCGGUCCCGGGCCGCCCUACGCUCUGGGCUGCGGCGGCGCGACGCGCUGGUACCCGCGGGCGCACGGCGGCUACGGAGGCGGCCUCAGUCCUGACACCAGCGACCGGGACUCACCGGAGACGAGCGAGGAGAUGGGCCGCGCUGAGGGCACCUGGCAGCGGGGCCCGGGGCCGGGAGCGGUGCAGCGGGAGGCGGCGGAGCUGGUGGCGCGGGGCCCGGCGGCCGGCGUGGAGGAGGCGGCGGAGCUGGCCGAGACACCGGCGGUGGCGGGGGAGGCGCGCGGCGGCCUGGGCGUGGGCCGCAAGAAGAAGACGCGCACGGUCUUCUCGCGCAGCCAGGUCUUCCAGCUCGAGUCCACCUUCGACCUGAAGCGCUACCUGAGCAGCGCCGAGCGCGCCGGCCUCGCCGCCUCCUUGCAGCUCACCGAGACGCAGGUCAAGAUCUGGUUCCAGAACCGCCGCAACAAGUGGAAGCGGCAGCUGGCGGCCGAGCUGGAGGCGGCCAGCCUGUCCCCGCCGGGCGCGCAGCGCCUCGUGCGCGUGCCGGUGCUGUACCACGAGAGCCCGCCGGCCGCGGCCGCCCCCGGGGCCCCCGCCGCCCUGCCCUUCUCGCUGGCGCCGGCCGCGCCUGCGCCGCCCCCACCGCUGCUCGGCUUCUCCGGGGCCCUCGCCUACCCGCUGGCCGCCUUCCCGGCCGCCGCCUCCGUGCCCUUUCUGCGGGCGCAGAUGCCCGGCCUGGUGUGAGCCCCCUGCGCGCUGGGCCCACUCCCCGGGGCCACUGGGGACCUCUGCGGACGUGCACUGGGCGCAGCGGGGGCGGUGAGCGCGUGGAGGGCCGUCGGGGAAGGCUGGCACGCUCCUGCGGACCCCUCUGCGCCUCCGGAGCGCGGGCUGCCGCCCGGUGGGCAGAACCUCUGCGGGAAGAUGGUCCAGAAUGUAACAGGGGCGCCUGCUACUGUGGCUCUCCAAACAGUUGCAAGGCUGGGUCCCCCGCAGGGAAGAGGGCGUCCCGGAGAGACAGCCGGCCAUGCAGCUCAGAGCCCCACCGGGUCAGGGGUCGGCCUAGGAGCCAGCGGCCUGGGCCCAGCCCACGGCAAAGGCGCACCGCCUACUGACUGUCCGGGGUGCUGCGAGGGGACCCCUCCCCGCCUGUGCUCCCCGACACGGAGGUCCCUUCCUGGGACUAAGCAGGCCGGGAGCAGACUGGGACUGUGACCAGCCUCGUGGCCUUGAAGUUGCGCCUGGCAGGGAGCGAGCCCGGGGAGCCAGGCCCUGUGCGGGCCCCUGUGAGGCAGUCCACUGUCAGAUUCUGAAGACAGGACCAGACUGGGCUUCUCUCCUGGGCCUCUGCCUCCAGUUCUCCCAGCGAAGACUUUUUUUUUUUUUUUAAUGAAUCUACUUAUUUGCGUAUGGAAUAAAAAGGGACAUUUUCUG